GGAGACUCUACAGUGUUCUGCUAGUCUGUGAGCUGGAGAGACACUGACAGAGCCACUGAUACAGAUUGAUACUGACAGGAACAGACUUUGACAGAUGACCAGACGGAGAGAUACUGAAGGUGUGGACCUCGGUGUGGCAUUGAUUUUAGUUGGCACGUACACUUGCUCCUGCAUUAGUUUGACGGUACUUCAGCUUGUCUCCUGGUCUUGGAUACUUUUUUUGUAAGACUGCAAUGCUUCCAUUCUACCUCUUCACCCUGUUUGCCAUAGUCCAAGCCCAGAAUAGACCCUUGCCAGGCUCCUGUAGCUUUGAGUCCAGCACCUGCGGAUACACAUCAGACCCAGACUUUACGAGCUGGACGCUCAACAAAGAUGGGUAUUGUAUCUCAAUGGAUCCAGGCCAGGAGUACCAGAAUAGACAGGAGAAGAGGCCAGAGGGAGAGGAAAGGUCCGAGGGUGAGGGCAGGGGGGUUCUGCUGAGCCCGGCCAUGGAGCAAGAGGACUGGAGCUGUCUCAGGCUGAUGUACCAACUCUCCGUCUCGGGCUCCCUGCAGGUCCAGCUGCGUAGGGAGGGAGAGAGCUUCGACUGGACACUGUGGAACACCCAGACCGCCUCUGACAGCUGGCUCAUCUCUAGCAUCGACCUCCAGGACACCACAGAGCCGUACAGGGUAAAUAAUACACCCUCAGGAACAUGGGAGGCACAUACAGACUGUUAAAACAUAUGUGCUAAUCUAAACACUGCCAUACUUAGGUGGAGGAAUGGGGCCUGGAAAAUGUUAGCGCCCUCACAUUGAUUAGACCAAACAUCAAAUGACAUGCAUUUCUCGUAUCUGCUACU